AUGGCUGAGGAAGGACAUAAUGGAACCGCUACUACUACGGAGACUGAGCCGGAGAACUUCCGUAAGAUUUUCGUCGGAGGUCUCACUGGAAAUACCACGGAUGAAGUUAUGCGCGAGUUCUACCAGCAGUUUGGGGAGUUGACCGAUAUCAUCGUUAUGCGUGAUCCCAACACGAAGCGGUCAAGAGGAUUCGGCUUCGUGACUUUUGCUUCUAAAGCUAAUGUUGAUGCUGCUAUGGCUGCUCGACCCCACGUUAUUGACGGCAAAACGGUGGAUCCUAAACGAGCUGUACCCAGGGACGACAAGAACCGUAACGAGUCAAACGUGUCCACUAAGCGUUUGUACGUGAGCGGCGUUCGUGAAGAUCAUACUGAAGAGAUGUUCACCGAAUACUUUGGGAAAUACGGAAAUGUCGUGAAGUCGGAAAUUAUUCUGGAUAAAGUCACCAACAAGCCUCGUGGAUUUGGCUUCGUCACAUUCGACGACUACGACCCAGUGGACCAGUGUGUUCUCCUGCGUAGCCACAUGAUAAAUGGUUUCAGAUGCGAUGUGAAGAAAGGGCUCUCUAAAGAAGAAAUGAAUAAAGCCCAAAACACUCGUGAUCGCGUCGACCGCAUGGGUCGCUCUCGUGGAGAUGCUCGCGGAGGUGGGCCAGGAGGUUGGGGUGGACAAACCCGUGGGGGUUACGGAGCACAGGGUGGGUACGGUGCCACAGCCGCAAAAGCUACAACUGCAGGUUAUGGCGGACCUCCAGGAGGAGGCUAUGGUCAGCAAAGUUAUGGAGGAUAUGGAGCGCAACAAGGAUGGGGAGAUCAGGCCGGAUGGGGCCAGCAAGCAGGCGGAGGCUGGGGAGGUCAAGGUGGAGGCUGGGGACAGCAAACCGGUGGAUGGGCUGGUCAGCCGUCCGGUCAACAGCAAUGGGCAAACGCUCAAGGUGGCGGCAGAUAUUAG